ACCCAGUCUUCAGAGUCUAAAAAGAAGAGACCAAGGCUAGAUCAGGGUGGCUCUGCAUCAGGGUCAAAACAAAAUGCAGAUUCCAGCAAUGGAUCUUUUAAUGCCAAAGCGCUUUCAGGAAGUUCUGGGUACAGGUUUGGAGUCCUUGCAAAAAUUGUUAAUUACAUGAAGACACGACAUCAGCGUGGAGAUACAUAUCCACUCAGCCUGGAGGAAAUUUUGGAUGAAACACAGCAUCUGGAUAUUGGACAAAAACAGAAACAUUGGCUGAUGACUGAGGCAUUGAUCAACAAUCCUAAAAUUGAGAUAGUUGAUGGAAAGUAUGCAUUUAAGCCAAAAUACAAUUUGAAGGACAAAAAAGCACUGCUAAGACUUUUAGAUAAGCAUGAUCAGCAAGGAAUGGGAGGAAUACUUUUAGAUGAUAUUGAAGAAGGACUUCCUAAUGCACAGAAGGCUAUAAAGGCUCUAGGAGACCAGAUCAUAUUUGUUUCUCGUCCAGACAAAAAGAAAAUCCUUUUUUACAAUGACAAGAGCUGUCCCUUUACAGUGGAUGAAGAGUUUCAAAAACUAUGGCGAAGUAUUCCUGUGGAUUCCGUAGAUGAAGAAAAAAUUGAAGAGUAUCUUAAAAAGCAGGGCAUUUCUUCUAUGCAAGAGUCAGGACCAAAGAGAAUGGCUCCUAUCCAAAAGAGAAAGAAUCCUGGCUCUCAGAAGCGACGUCGGUUUAAGACUCAUAAUGAUCACUUGGCUGGAGUGUUGGAGGAUUAUGUUGAUGGACCAACCAACAAACAAUGAACAGGUCACAUGCAGAACAGAAAUUGUCUCAAAGAAAGUUAUCGUUGAACCACCAAGCUUCAUUUGCAAAGGCACUGCCAGCCUCAUCUUUUGUUUUGUUUUGUUUUUGUUGUCUACUUAUUUAAAGCAUAUAUUUGGAAACUCUUAGUUUCUGAAGAGAGCUGUACUAUACAGUUUCCUUAUUUUAUAGGUGGGAGGAUAACGUUCUGUUAAAAAUUUGAAAAUGUUCAAUCCUUGUAGUAGAGACCCUCAAGAUUGAUUUAUCAAAAUAUGAAUUGCAUACAGACAUUGAACACUGAAAUGCACUGCCAUGCAGGGUCUCAAAUGGGCUCAGGUUUGGAUUUUUAGACCGCAGGUAUUGUACAAAAUGAUCAGUAUUUCAGUAUAGCAAUGGAACUCUUAGGUAAGGAAAUUCAUAAGUUUAAUUCCUCACUACAUCUGAGUAUAUUGAAGUAUACAAAUCUACAGCUAUAUUUCUUUUUCAUUCUUUAUAGUAUAGGAGUGAAGCUGGAUGACCAGCAAAUACAUAUGCUAGCAUUGUUGAAAAUCACAAGAUCAGCAGAGUGCAUUUUGAUUAAAGUCCUCAUGAGAGGAUUAUCAAUGGCAAGUGCAGCAUUCACUGCAGGGAGUGGUCUUUAAAUGUUUGUUACUCUGAAAAAUUAAUAUUCUGUUAUGUUAUUAAACAGUAGGUUCCUGGUUGUUUUGGAGUAAGUUCAAAAUUCAGAACAGAACUCCUCUAACUAAAAGCCACAUUUUUAUAUUUCAUGAGUUAUAAGGAGCACAUAAAAGUCUGUUUAAAUGUGUAUGUAAAGGUGCAGAAUGAGUGACCAUGUCCUGAAGGUCUGUCUUUUUAUUACGUAGCCACCUUGUUGGAUUUUAAAUGAGGUGCACACCAUUGUAUUUUUUUAGUAUUGUUUAGUUUUCGUCUUGUGCAGGCAGGUUUCAGCUAAAGGGGUUAUUCUUCCUGAUAGUAAGUGCUAUAGAGCUUCUGUAUUCCUUUAGUUACGCACUGCUGUGAUGGCUUGAAUGACCAAGUCAGGUGCCUUCAUAUUGACACCUUGUUUCUUACGUAAAUCAGCAGAAUACAGUACUACAUCAUAAAAUAUUUAAGGGGCUGAAAUAUAUAAUUUCAUGAAAACUGAAACCUUUGAUGGCAAAAUAUUUUAAGCAUGUUCCCAUUUCAGAUGGUACUCUGUUCAUAUGUAUAUAUGGUAUUAAAAGUCCAUUUAUUAAGUCUUCAUGUUAUGUAACAGAUUUUAUAUACAAUAGAACCCAUUUUAAAAAAAUACAAAUGACUAAAACAGUAAAA